UAUAGAUUUUUUCUACUUCUCACACACACACAUACAAACAUGAACUGUCUUCAAAACCUUCCAAGGCCAUUUUCAGUUUUGUCUUCUGGGAGUUUCAGAAUUCAGUCUGUAAUUAAACCAUGUUUUGUUAACUUAAUGACUAAUCAUAAUGAAAAGAGGGUUAUGAAUGAUACUGCUACUACUGCUGGUUUUCGUCGAUGUAGUAUGGUUAAGGCAACACCUGGUUCGGCAUCCAGUAUUAACACCGAAGAUGCUAAAGAGAGUGAGGAGGAGAAAUCUGAAGUUUAUAGUAGUAACAUGACUGAAGCAAUGGGUGCUGUCUUGACUUAUAGGCACGAACUCGGAAUGAACUAUGACUUCAUUUCUCCAGAUUUAAUUGUUGGAUCAUGUCUGCAGACUCCUGCAGACAUAGACAAGCUUCGGAGCAUUGGAGUGAAAACCGUUUAUUGUUUGCAACAAAAUUCAGAUCUUGAAUAUUUUAGCGUGGACAUUAGUGCUAUUCGUGAAUAUGCCAGCACAUUUGACGACAUUGAACACUUGCGUGCAGAAAUAAGGGACUUUGAUGCAUUUGACUUGAGGUUACGGCUUCCAUAUGUGAUCAGCAAGCUGCACAAAGCUGUUAAGCGAAAUGGGGGAAUAACUUAUAUACAUUGCACAGCUGGACUUGGAAGAGCUCCUGCAACUGCGUUGGCAUACAUGUUUUGGGUUCAAGGUUACAAGCUAAAGGAUGCAGUCACUUUGCUCCUGAGUAAGCGUCCAUGUUUCCCGAAAGUGGAUGCUAUAAAAAGUGCCACUGCCGACAUUCUUACAGGCCUAAAAAGGAAAGCUGUCACGUUGACAUGGAAGGGUGACGAGUCUUCUACAGUUGAAAUAUCUGGACUUGAUAUCGGAUGGGGUCAGAAAGUUUCACUGAAAUAUGACAAGAAUCAAGGCUUGUGGAUUCUUCAUAGAAAUCUGCCGGAAGGGCGUUAUGAGUACAAGUACAUUGUAAAUGGCGAAUGGCUGACAAAUAAAGAUGAACUUCUAACUCAGAUCGACAAAGAUUAUAACGUCAACAACUACAUUGAGGUAAUUGAUAAUGACCCAGAGAGCGUAAGCACUGCAUUACGGGAGAGAUUGGGUAGUGAUGAUUUUGAUCUAACAUCCAAUGAGCGAGAGAUCAUAAUGAAGUUUCUUGAUGAGUGCCCAGAUGAAGAGUAAACCUGAACACAAACACAGUACACCACUUGUAUAUGCAUGUACAACUGUUUACCUGUUUACAGAUGCCACAAAUACGCUCGACUAGAACGUGUGCAUCAGUUUUACGGGCUUCUUUGCAAAAUCCGACUUUCAGUGCAUGAUGCAAGAGUUAUAGUAGCACGCGGUUACAGAUGAUGUUGGUCGUCUAGAAAUAUACGUAACCAUAGUGAACAUUUGCACUAACAAUGUAGAAUUCUUAAUGAAAUAGAACUAUAUCCGGUUAUUAUGUAUACUACCUUACUAGAAGUUUAAUAUAAGUAGGAAUAUGUUCUACAAUUUAGUGAGUUUAAUAGUGAUGUAAUGGUUUAAACCUUUGGAUUUUGCUAACUUCUAUUGGCUCAUUGGAUCCAUGGUAUGAAACUUGUGCUUACUGUGCAAUGUUUGCACC